AGGGGUGCCAGCGGGAACAAUCGUAGUGACCAGUCAACCACUGAACACAAAUUUCGAGCCAUUCUACGAAUUGCACAUACUUGGAAAACCAGUAUACCGUGUGGCCGAAGUUGAUGAGACAGUCACAGAAGAUUUGUAUGAGGCGGCCAAAUCAUUACCGGAAAACAUUCUUGUUGUCAAAGGAAAAACAGUCACUUGCAACGACUUCUAUGAAGAACAAGCCCGACUUGAUGGAGCGUUUUGCAGCUAUACAGAAGAAGAGAAGCUGGCUUACCUUCGGAAGGCCUACACAGUCGGAGUGAGAAACUUCGAAAUGGAAUGCACCUGUAUUGCUGCGCUCUGUCGUAAAGCCAAUAUCCGAGCUGCGAUUAUUUGCGUGACCUUGGUAGACCGUCUGUCCUCCGACCAGGUCACCUGUCCACCAGACGAAUAUUCACGCUUUCAGAUGCUACCGUGCAAGGUGGUGACAGAAUUUCUGCGGAAGCACGGUGCUUUGUGCAAUUGAUCCCCAGUGCACCAACCUGUAUUCACAUUACGGCCUUCCCGGUAAAACUGCGGCGUGCCAAUUCAUACCGCGAGCACGAAAAUGACGCGGAAAACAAGCGUUACCAAACCCAUGCACUCACUCGGAAUCUGCCGCAGAACUCGUUCACGUACCAUAGAGACUUCUUUUUACAGAUCGUUCAUAAAAUACCAUUUCGCUUUCUGAUGAUGGGCUGUUUUAAUUUCAGUUAUAAUGUUAUACUGUACGGAAUGAAGUUAAAA